GCCUGGAAGAGCUCGGCCGGUGCCGCAGCUGGUGCCAGCCCAGCGGGGAUGGAUGUUCCCAGGUCUGGCAGAUGUGUCCAUAUCCCAGGACAUCCCAGUGGAAGGGGAGAUCACUGUCCCUGUGGGAUCUCACUCUCCUGAUGAGGAUUACUCCACGCUGGACGAGCCUGUCAGGGACACGAUUAUGAGGGACCUGAAGGCCGUUGGGAAGAAGUUUGUCCAUGUGAUGUACCCCCGGAAGAGCAGCGCACUCCUCAGGGACUGGGAUCUGUGGGGCCCAUUGGUGCUGUGUGUCUCCCUGGCUCUGAUGCUGCAGGGUGGUUCUGCAGACAGCAAGGACGAUGGAGGGCCCCAGUUUGCCGAGGUCUUUGUCAUCAUCUGGUUUGGUGCCGUGGUCAUCACCCUCAACUCGAAGCUCCUCGGAGGGACCAUCUCCUUCUUCCAGAGCCUGUGUGUGCUGGGGUACUGUGUGCUGCCGCUCACCGUGGCCAUGCUGGUGUGCAGGCUGGUGCUGCUGGCGGGCGCCGGCACCAUCAGCUUCAUCAUCCGCCUCAUCGUGGUCGUGGCCAUGUUCGGGUGGUCCACCCUGGCCUCCACGGCGUUCCUGGCCGACAGCCAGCCCCCCAACCGCAAGGCACUCGUCGUCUACCCCAUCUUCCUCUUCUACUUCGUCAUCAGCUGGAUGAUCCUCACCUUCACCCCUCAGUGAGCCCCAUCCCAAGGGACUGGGACACGGACUGGAGUUUUUCAUGGACGCUGCAGUGAAUCCUUGGCUUUAUCUCCUUCUAAUUUAUAUAUAGGGAUACUGUAAAAAGGCAGGUUGUGGGAUAAAGCCAGAGAGCUGCAAAAAGUGCUCGUUUGUGUGUCCCUCUUUGUGAAAGAUACCGAGGUCCAGCUACUGAGGGGUUUAUUUAGCCCUGCUCUGUACUGGUGUUAAAUAAACAGUACCCACUGGGACUGAGGACAGAGCAGGAGAUCCUGGAAUUCCAAGCUGUUGGGAGAUGAAGUUACAGGAUCACACUACUUGGCAGAGUUCAUGCCUGUGCUUGGAUUCUCACUGAAGAUGAAAAUGCCUUAUCAAACUGUAGAACUUCACUGCUGUGAUGUGUGGAGAGGGAAAAGAUGUGUCUGACUCCUUUCAUUCCCUUUGGAGUGGUGGGAUGUGCACGUGGGGCAUCGUGGGACCUGGGGCUUUCCUGGGAAGCAGGAGUUCAGCAAAACCCAGUUGAGUCUCUUUGCAGUGAAUUGGAGCUGGUGGCAGGGAGUUGUCUUUGCCCAUAUCUGUGUGCUGUGUGUGUUCAUCCCUUCGUGUGCCAGGGGAGAGGGUUCCAGCCUGAUGCCUUCAGCACUGUGUCAGCCUGGCCCUGUGUCUGUGAGGGGUGUGGGCUCAGAGAGGUGCAGCCCUGUGACCACAGGGGACAGCUUGGAGUCCUGCAGAAACACUCAGAACUGUUUUGGAACUGGUUUAUAGCAGGGACUGGGCUCUCACUGCAUUUGGGAAGGGAGAAUUCCCUGGAGAGCGCCAAGAGUGUGUAUAUAUGAUAGAAACAAGGGGUUCUGUGCAGUAAAUUGAGGUUUUACUGCACAGGCUGUUUGGUGCUGGCAAACCACACCAGGGCUUGGGCCCCAAAGUUUUAGAACAGGUUGAAGGAAGGAAAGUAAAUGGUGCUGAAGGUGGAGGCUGCUGUGGAGCAGGACAUGGAUUCUGCUCUUGCCUGCCUGUGUGUGACUGUUCCUUUGGUUGUUACAGGGACAGCAACAGAAAUGUGAGCAAACAUUUCGUUCCCUUGUACUUGCCCUGAGAUGUUGGACACUGUUUUGUGGGGCUUUUGUUUUGCUUAACACUUUUGUAAGAGGGAGGGGGUUUCUUUCUCCAGUCCCUGCAGGUGCUUUUUGUACCUCACCUGGAGAACCACAGGUGGGCAAGGGUUGGGUGUAUUUUGGCACAGGGAUGAGAGCUGGGAUCUGCUUUUGGAAACUGUACAGAAAUGGUUCCUGUUGUCCAUUGUUCUCAGUCAGCAAUCCAGGGGAGAGCUUCGAAACAUCUGGGGUGAAAAAACUGCUGUAAAAUGUCCUUUUUCCUACAGUUGUGCAGAUAGACUGAACCUGAGGUCUGUGGGUCCUGCUGAGGUAUGAAUGUUCCUAAUUUAUAGUUCUGUGUACAAUAGCAGUCUGUGCUGUAAACACUGCUAGUGUUGGGGGUUGGGAUGGAAAUUGCUAAGUUGCAGAUUAAAAGUGCAUUUUUGCAUUUGGGGAUAAGGAACUGCUGUGUGUGACAGGGCCUGGCUGUGGCACCAAGGGGCUGGAGAGGAGCUAUAGGGGUUUAUUGACAUGGGGGCCAUGGAAAUGGGGAAUUUUUAAGCUUCCAUUAAAUUAUUACUGGUAUGGAAUGUGGUUUUUCUUCUAAGUGUGCAAUUUUUUGUUAAUUUAAAAGUUAGUUCAGCUUUAUGAAGCUGAAAAGAGAGACGGAGUGAGGAGCACCAGUGGGAAUGACUGGAGAGGAACUGUCUUAGGUGACGUCAGGAAAUCAAGAAGCCCAAGCUGGGAUUUGUUCCUCAGCCACCCGUGGAUGUCCUGCAGAGCCCCCACUGUGACAGAACCACCUUGUCCCUUGGUGGGUGGGCGAUGCCAAAGCCAGCGGGACUCAGGCAUGUUAAAUCCACCAAAACAUUUCAGUUCAGGCAAGUGAAAUGCCUGGAUAUUUGCAGAUGCCUGCAGUUAAUGCUGGUAGUGCUUUAAAGUACUGGUGUUACCUCAGGGUGCUGAGUGCCCUCUGAAUGUCCCUUGUCCUGUCCAGGUGUCCAGCCAUCCCUCCCCAAGGGCUGUGCAGGUGAGUGAUCCCUGGGACCACAACAGAGGUUUAGCUUGUGCUGGAAAUGUCUGUGGUAACAACUGCUGUACUUUCCAGGGGGGAAGAAAAGCAGGGGGAAGCAGCUCUGUUGCCUUUAAUGAAGUGUUUGAACUGUUCUGCAGAGAAGCAGCUGACUGAUGCACAAACCAGGCUUGCUUUCCUACUAGGAUUUUUCUAAUACUGUUUAUCAGCAGAAGUUGUUGUAUGUGUUUAAUUUUGAUCUAUGUAAUACCAAUAAAAAGAAAAUUUGUUUUUAA